AUGCCAUCUGAACAGAAACCGUUAUUUUUUGAUGAAAAACAAACUACUUUAAGAAAAGAUUAUGAUGUGAAAAAUGAGAUAGUAGAUACUAUCAGAUCAGUACCUAGACCAAAAAUUUCAGAAAGUAGUUUUCAUUAUGAACUAAAAAAUGUGAAAAUUGAUUUGCCGAAGAUAAAUAUUCCAAAUGAAGUCUCUUUGAAACAUGAAGUUGACAAAUACAGAAAAUUAUUUCAGCGUCAACCACAGACUGCAAGAAAAUCUAUCAAUGUAAAGACUGUAAGCUGUGUAGAGGAGUGUAUGUUGCUCCAUAAGUCUGAGAGAGUUGAAGAAGAGGGUUUAAAAAUGUCUGCAAAAAUACUGAAUUUCAACUGUUUAAAAUGCCGAGAUAGCACUCGAUAUAGUCCAAAUGAUUUGCAGAAACACUUUCAAAUGUGGCACCAUGGUGAAUUACCUUCAUAUCCUUGUGAAAUGUGCAGUUUUUCAGCAAAUGACUUCCAGAUAUUUAAACAACACAGACGGACACAUAGAAGCACUUUAGUAAAAUGUGACAUUUGUAACAAUGAGAGUGUAUAUACUUUAUUAGACUUGACAAAACAUUUUGCAUCCACACAUUGUGUAAAUGGUAGUUUUCAAUGUGAAAAGUGCAAAUUCUCCACCCAGGAUGUUGGCACAUUUGUUCAGCACAUUCAUAGACAUAAUGAAAUCCAUUAUAAAUGUGGUAAGUGCCAUCAUGUAUGUUUUACCAAAGGAGAGCUUCAGAAGCACCUUCAUGUUCAUUCUGGUACAUUUCCCUUCACUUGUCAAUAUUGUAGCUAUGGUGCCGCUAGGAGAGAGCACCUCGUAAGACAUGUUAUAACUUUGCACAAAGAACACUUAUAUGCGAAAGAAAAACUGGAAAAAGACAAAUAUGAAAAGAGGAUGGCAAAGACUUCAGCAGGACUUAAGCUGAUACUGAAAAGAUACAGAAUAGAUGCAUCAAGGAAGACGUUCUGGAAACGCAAGAAGAUCAACAAUGGAAGUGACAGGAGUAUAGAAAAAAACACUCAAGUGCUUAAAAAAGUGAACAAAACACAGGCUAAAUCUGAAGACCAGAGCCAUCUUGUUCAAGAGCAUUUAAAUGAAGAAAAGGAUAAAAGACCACACGGUGAGAAUAAUGAUAAACCUGCUGAGUCAGAGUCAGAAAAGCCAACUCUUCUGUCCACUGGGCAAUGUAAUAGAGCUGAAGAGGGAUCAAAUUCUACUCUAGGUUUCUUGAAGACUGCUGUACAAGGACCUACAGUGUUAAUGGUGAAAAAUAAUAGAAUAACAAUUCCUGCUAACUACAGUGCUGAUUUUAUGGGAUUUAAGAUGGUGGAUGGAAAACAACAUAUUGUAAUAAAAUUGUUACCUACCAAUAAGCAGAAUUUAUAUUUACCAGGCUCACAGUCAGAUGCUGCAAAGGACAGUACUGCCAAUUUGCAGCCCCAGACUUUGGACACUCCUGGAUUUUUAGCAGGAGUAACAGCUGAAUUAAGUGACACAGUUUACAUGAAAGCAACUACUCCAUUUUCAUGUUCAUCUCCUAUACUUUCAGGGAAAGUAACGUCAGAAAAAGAAAUGGCUUUGCUAUCUCAGACGAGUAAUAUGCUUCAGACAAUGGAUGAUGAAAAAAAUGUGUCUUUGUCAGCAUCAGAAUUGGUUUCAGCAUCAGUGAAUUUGACCACAAAAGUUGAAACAAAAGAUAAUAUUGACCUUUGGGGAAAUUAUAUUACUCAGAGUCACCCUGAGAUAUCAGGUGCUACCAUUAAAAGUCCAGAUAAAGUCAACUCUACUACCAAACAAAAUGCAUACAACAGUGGAGAUAUGCAUAACUAUUGCAUUAAUUAUGUCAACUCUGAGUUACCUGUUGAAUCUUCCAACCAAGGAUCAUUGCCCUUUCAUAAUUACUCAAAAGUAAAUAAUUCUAGUAAACGUCGUAGGUUUUCAGGAACAGGAAUGUGUGAAAACCCUCAAAAAGAACCUUCAUCAAGCAAGACAGUUGUUCAACAACCAAUAAGUGAAUCAGUUUUAUCACUGGUGAGGAAGGAGAGCUCAAAUCCAGAUAGCAUGUUAGCAUCUAUUAGCCUUUUAAAUACUAAAGAUGGAACUUUAAAAAUGCAAACUGAAAUUGAAGAACAGUGUGUUUUAGAAAAAGGAGAAAACAUUGAUGGGCAGAACUUAUACACUAAUGAAAAUCAGAAUUUAGAGAGCAUGACUGAGAAAUCUAAGUGGGAUGACAUUUCUAAUGUUGAGUCACCUAUGAUGCCUAGAAUCACAUCUGUUUUCUCUCUCCAGAGUAAACAGGCAUCAGAAUUUUUGCCACCUGAAGUAAACCAGUUACUUCAGGAUGGAUUAAAAACAAAAUCUGAGGUAAAACAAGACUCUAGUAAUAGUAUCACUCCUGAUAAAGGCCUGCCACUUCAUUGUGACCAGUCAUUUCAGAAACUUGAGGGAGAAGGCAAAAUAAUUGAAUCUUCAAAAGACUUCAAAGUACAAGGCAUCUUCCCAAUCCCAUCUGGUGGUAUAGGGAUUAAUGUGCCUACAAAUGAUCAGAAUUUAAAAUUUAGUGGAAAAGAAAAACAGAAUCUGUCAAUAUCACAAGAUGUGAGAGAUUCAGAAAAGACACCUAGAAUUUCAGGUAUUGGCACAUUACUUAAGACUCAGUCAGAUGCAAUAAUAACACAGCAGCUCGUAAAAGAUAAACUACGAGCCACUACACAAAAUUUAGGUUCUUUAUAUAGACAGAGUCCACUUCUGAAUUCAGAACCAAAAAAGGCUAUAUUUGUUCAGACUCCAAAAGGCUUUUUUGUACCAUUGCACAUUGCUAACAAGCCUGGAUUACAUGUUGUUUCAGGAAGACCACUUCCAUUGGUUAAUACACAAGGUGUACCUGCUUCUCUUCUUUUAAACAAGAAACCUGGGAUGAUUUUAACAUUUAAUAAUGGGAAACUUGAAGGUAUUUCCACUGUCAAAAUUGAGAGUGCUCAGGCUUGUGGAACUACAGCUAAGGAGCCCUGCAGAACACCUUUUUUAAAGGUAGAACCAAACAGUAAUUGUCUGACACCUGCACUUUGUUCCAGCAUUGGCAGUUGUUUGAGCAUGAAAAGUAGUUCAGAAAAUACUUUGCCAUUAAAAGGCCCUUACAUUAUCAAAACAUCAGCAAAUUCUUCAGUGAAAGCUGUUCCUACUCCUAAUACAGUAUCUGAGCAUCAGGGCACCAAGUUGAAUAACUUGGACUCAGUAAAACAGCAGAAUGAGAUUUUUCCAAAACCACCUCUUUAUACCCUCUUGCCUGAUGGCAAACAAGCUGUUUUUUUAAAGUGUGUGAUGCCAAAUAAGACUGAGCUGCUUAAGCCUAAAUUAGUCCAAAAUAGUACGUAUUAUCAAAACAUACAGCCAAAGAAACCUGAAGGAACACCACAAAAAAUACUGCUGAAAAUUUUUAACCCUGUUUUAAAUGUGACUGCUGCUAACAAUCUGUCUGUAAGCACCUCUGCAUCCUCAUUGCAGAAAGACAAGGUACCAUCUAAUCAGACUACAGGAGGAGAGCAGAGAGAGCCAGAAUCUUCUAGAGAUGCCUUACCCUUCUUACUAGAUGAUAUGAUGCCAGCAAAUGAAAUUGUGAUAACUUCUACUGCAACAUGCCCAGAAUCUUCUGAGGAACCAGUGUGUUUCACUGACCGUUCAGACACCAGGGUAUUAAGGUGUAAAACAAAUUGUACAAUUGAGAGAAGCUUCAAUAGAAAAAAGACUUCGAAAAAAAAUUUUUCAAGAAUUAAAACUCAUGUAAGAAGUAAAGAUUCUGAAACUGCCUUUGUAUCUAGAAACAGAAACUGUAAACGAAAGUGUAGGGAUAGUUACGAAGAACCUCCAAGAAAAAAAGCAACAUUACAUAGAAAGUGUAAAGAAAAGUCUAAACCUGAAGAUGCCCGUGAAUCGUUUGAUUUUAGCAGACCAAGGCUUUCAAAAGAUUCAGUCAGAACUUUGCGGCUUUUCCCCUUUAGUUCCAAACAGCUUGUGAAAUGUCCUAGGAGAAACCAACCAGUUGUAGUUUUGAAUCAUCCUGAUGCAGAUGCACCAGAAGUAGUAAGUGUAAUGAAAACUAUUGCUAAGUUUAAUGGACGUGUACUUAAGGUUUCAUUGUCAAAAAGAACUAUCAGUGCUUUACUGAAGCCAGUUUGUGAUAAUGCUCCCAAAACAAUUUAUGGUGAUUUUUCCAAAAGACAUAAAACAUUGAAACCUGUUAGUUCUGUGAAAGAAAGAUUUGUGCUAAAAUUAACACUCAAAAAGACAAGCAAAAACAAUUACCAGAUUGUGAAAACUACCUCUGAAAAUGUCCUGAAAGCUAAAUUUAACUGUUGGUUUUGUGGUAGAGUAUUUGACAAUCAGGAUGCUUGGGCUGGUCAUGGGCAGAGACAUUUGAUGGAGGCGACUCGUGAUUGGAAUAUGUUAGAAUAAUGUACUGUAGUUACCAAG